UUGCCGAUAGAGACGAAUUUUUUGGUUCAUAUUGUAUAUAAAUAUUUAUAUCGAUGGCGAAAGAUUAAAAAUUCGCAAAGAAAUUUAUUCGCGUAACAUUCUUGUGCAGAAUAUUUGCCAUUGAUAUUUUCGAAAAUUAAGCAUAGCGACGGCAAUACGAUUUUCGGAAGGUUUUUAUUGGCUAUCCCGUGUUUUACAUUUGUACAUAAGUUUGUUGGAAAGUUUUGCAGAUGAAGAGAUUUUCAGUGAAGUGUAAUCAUAUGCAGCGCAUAUAUGUGUGCAUAUAUGAUUGAGUGCGCCUGCAAAUGCAAUCAACCCAUUAAAUCUAGUAAUAAGACAAUACUGAAUCAACAACCUUUGAACAAAUAAAUUUUAUACCAUUCAACAUGGAACGAUGUACAGACAAUCGCUCAACAACACCUCCACUCGAAACAAUGCCAAUCGCAUCCAAAAUGAAUGUGAAUGGGACACAAACAUUUCCAUCGUCUCUGUAUGAUAAGGAAGAUCAAGCUGAUAUCAGCCAAUCGAUACCAAUGUCAUCAUCAGAAGAUGCAUUAUACGUAUCAUCAACGCCACCACGACCGCCGUCGCGUGCAUCGAAAUCAAGUGCCCUUUGUAAUAAUGCAUCGACGUUGAAAGUGGAUGAUGAAGUGACGGGAAGCAAUUCAAAACCAAAAUCAGAUCGCUGCAAAAGCACAAAAUCUCUUGUGAUCAAUCGAAAGGCUGACGAACGAGACCGAAAACAUCGCCGUGAAAGACGAAGAAGCGGGUCGAAAAAGAGAGAUGUGAGUUCAAAAGAUGUGCCCAAAGAACUGCCAAAAAAUAGAGAAAUUCGUCGAACAGUCACUGAGCCUUCUAUUGAGUACUGCGAAAAUGGUCGAUAUUCGAGCAAUUGGAAAAAUCUAGCAAAUCCAGAGCCAAAACCAAAAUUGCGUAACUCUGAACAAAGCAGUAAAAAUACCACAGAACUGUGUUCAAAAUCUCCGCGUGUGAAAAUUGAAGAGCCGAAAAACGAGUGUUCACCACCAUGCAAAAUAAUGAAAAAGUCCAGUAAUGACUGUUUUAGGUCGUCAACUGAAGAUACGAAAUUAAUCGAAACUAAAUUAAGCAAACGAUUAGAAUCAAAUGAUAUGUUUAGUUGUGAGACAAUUGAUUUACCAUCAAAUAGUGUUGAGUCGGUAAGCAUUGAGCAAAAAUCAUUAAUUCAAGAGCAGAGCACCGUAAGUGACAUUCGUUUAGCGAACAAAAACAGUUCACCAUCGCAUGAAUCUAGUGAUAAUAUGGAUGUAACAUCAACGACACCGGAAACACCAAAAACUCCGCCCAUCGAAAGUAAAAAAUUGAUCGAACCAAAAUUGUCCGAAGAUAAAAUGAAGCAGUACAUUGAUGAAUAUGAUAGCUUCAUACAGCAGGUGUCAUCACCGCUUAAUGAAACACUGAAAACAAGCGAACAAAAUGAACAUAUCGUUGUCACCAAUGUUGAACCAACGGAGAGUUCACUUUCUCAACCAAAUGACUUGGCCAGCAAAAGAGAUUUACCAAAAAAUGAAGUAUCAUCAUCAACGUCUUCCGCACAAAAACUCGAUAAGAAAACCGAUGUACAACACUCAGAAUCGUCAUCAAGUUCAGAUGAUGAUGACGACAGCAGUACCUCUAGCAAUUCAUCGUCAUCAUCGAGUUCGAGUAGUAGCAGUUCAUCGGGCAGCUCGUCGAGUUCCAGUUCAGAUAGUAACGAUAACGAGUCACCACGUCGUCAACGACGAAAAUCCAGUUCAAAAAGAAGUUCACGUUCUGCCUCAAAAUCACCACGCAUCCGGCCUUCAAAACCAAGCAAUAUCGACGUAUCAAAACCACAUCGUUCGGAAACGGAUGAUUUGGAUUUUGGCGUUUGCGAAAACAACAAAACCUCUUAUACAAAUGGUAUUGAAGCGCUUAUCAAUCCAAUGUCAUUUGUAAAAGGCAUGGAUAUGUCGGCACUAAAAUCGCUGGACGCACUCAUAAAUGGUGAUGAUGAUGAUGAUCUUUUGAGUAACAUCCAGUCGUACAAAAAUAAUUAUCUCGAGGUAAUUAAGGGGAAAAAACAUGAUUCGGUCGCCAAAAAAUCAAAAUUGGACGAAGUAUCGACGAAUGACAACAGCAUCAAUAACAGCACAAUGGAUUAUAAUAACGGUUCUCUGCUUGAUGACAGCGAACGAAAAAAGAUUUCGUUGAAAUUGAAACCAACAACAACAUUAAAACAACAAUCAAAAGGAAUGAGCGAAUCAUUUCUUGAUAUCGAACAACAAUCACCAAUACACACGCAAACACCAACACCACCAUCACAACUACAGCCAGAGCAACAAAAAAAGUCACCAGAGGAGCAGUUGCAGCAUCAACAGUCACAAGCAAAGUCUCAGAAAGCCGCAGACGUAGAAAAACAAACAUCAAACGAGCAUAGCGAUCAAAUUGAAAAACGGUCGAGUGAUGGAAGUAUGACGUCAUCAUCGAAAAGGAAAAGUAGUCAUCGAAGAGAUGAACGCAAAUCGCGACGCAGUGAAGAUAGAAAAUCACGUCGUAGUGAGGAACGAAGUCGAUCAAGACGUGAUGAAAAUAGACGAUCCCGACGAAGUGAAGAACGAAAAAAUGAAAAGUAUUCAAAACGUGGUGAAGAAAGACGAUCCCGUCGAAGCGAAGAGCGUCGUUCAAAACACAGCGAUGAUCGUCCAUCUCGUCGCAGUGAAGAAAAACGGUCGAGACGAAGUGAGGAACGCAGAUCCAAACGACGACAUGAUCGAUCCCCAUCUGGUUCGAAUCAUUAUCGUGAAUCGUACUAUUCACCAUCGUAUCGAAAUCGUUCGGCGUCACCAUUGCCACGUGGACCGCGAACACCGCCAAAUACACCACCACCAAAUACAACCGAAUUUGAUGAAUUUCGAAUGGAUGACAUGACAAUGCGACAACAUAUGCCACCAUACGGUACACCAAUUAUGCCACCAGCAGCACAUUAUCAUCCGGGUCCAAAUCCAUUUCAAACGCCAAACUUGGCACCUAAUGGACCGCCAAAUUAUAUACACGAUUAUACUGCUUAUAUGCAUCCGAAUCGUGUGCCAGUACCGACACAACAUCAUUACAAUCGUCCACCUCCAAGUCUAAAUGUCAGUGCUUUAAUACCGCCACCGGGAAUGAUACCAUCGCCAGCGAUCGGACCGAACAAUGAAUAUUAUUAUGCAGCACCUCCUCCGUCGGCACAUCAUCAUCUCCAAAAUCAAGCGAUGCCACCAAAUUCAUAUUCGAAUCUCAUUGAAGUAUCACCGCAUGGUGUGCCAAAUACAUCAAAUGUCGAUUGCAUACGGAAACAACAAACGGACAAUCAUCGUCGUAAACCAACAAUUGCCGUGCAAAAGGGUAACGUUUUGGAAAUUGUGCCAAGUGCUGAACUUCAAUGUGAUAAAAAUAACGAGUCAAACAAUGUGGAGAAAUCGGAUAAGAUGCUUUCAAUUGAAAAACAGGCACUACAACGUCAAAAACAGGAACGAUAUAAACGCAAAAUGGAACGACAUCAAAAACGACUCGAACGAACAAAACGAAAAGAAUAUCUAUUGAAUGAAUUGGCACGAUUAAGUCAUUGCAUGACAUUUGGCAGUGAUAAUAAAGUGGUUAAAGCUAGUGAACUAUUGAAAUCAGUCACAUUCGAUGGCACAACCAUCAAUUUGUCCAAUUCAAAAGGUGACGAUGAAAAUGAAGACCUCGACGAUAUAUACAUUGAACCGCCAGUGCAUUCAUAUGAUCCACAAGCUCCAAUUGGACGUAGCAUUCUGUCUGAACGAAAUGACCCCGAUCGGGCAUCAUCAUCCAAGGAAAAGCGUCGUAGUGUUCUAUUUGCUGAUGGUGUGAUUCCUGGUGAAGGCACUUCUGCGUCGGAAGAAAGUGCAAAUGAAAAUGAUGAUAAUAUUACUAAACCAAAGAAACUUUCGUCACGUGUUAAAGACAAGAAAAAGGCCGGAAAUGUCACAGUGCCACCAUUUGCAAAUGAAUCAACGUCCACAUUCCUUGAAAAGGAAAAUUCAUUCGAACCAACAAAGAGAGAACCCGAAUCAAAUGAACAAGUUAUUCCGCCGCCACCACCAGGAUCACCUCCACCACACUUACCACAGCCAAAACUCAAAGAUCCCAAUAAAUUAAUGUUGAAUCAUUUACUUUUCUUUCAAUAUGAUUUGCGACGCAAUGAAAUGCUUAUAACACAAACACCGCACAUGAUGCCCAUGAUGAAACCGCCUGUAGUUCUUAAUACGCCUCCAGUUAUUCCACAGCUACCACCACCGCUGCCAGUUCAACAAAUGCUACCCAUUCAACCAUUAUAUCCAUAUAAAUCGAAUAGUGGUCGUCAUCAUAAUGAAUCAAAAACAUCAAAACCGAGCCGAUCGUCAAGCUCAAAACAUUAUCAUUCGUCUUCGUCAUCGUCAUCGUCAUCAUCGUCCCACAAAUCAAUGCAUACCACAAGCCACGAUACCAAUUUAAUCGUUCUCUCCAGUAGCCCGUCGAAUGUGUGAAUUCAUAUUGCCAAAAUGAUCGAAAGCAAAAAAAAUCCAUACGAACACCAUGAAGUUCAAACGACAAUAUUAUCUAUGAUACGGUUUAAAAAAAUGUUGAUCCGAAUCCAGUGCUUGUUAAGUAGUCAGUCUAUUGUCGCAAAUUUUCUCAUAAUAAAUUUUUUUAUUUUUUUUCUUCGCGCCGAAAAAAUUAAUAAUUGAUCAUGACAUCCAAAUUUUAAACAAAUUAUGUAUUAGACAUAUUUAAUUUAGACAUUCAUAAAUCGAAGUCAAACGGUAUUAUUAACAAAUAAUUUUGUUUUAAAUAAAAAUCAGCUGAGAUAAAAGUCGAAUUCGAAAUGUUCGAAUUUAUCACAUUAUAGUUCGAAAAAUGAACAUAAAGAGAAAGAAGAAGAAGUGGAAUAGAUGUUGUAUCUAUAUAAGGAAUACAUUUCAAGGAAUAAAGAUUCAUAGACUAAUUUUUGAAAAA